AUGUGUUCACACAACCAAAACCAGAAGAACUACCCCGAACUCAAUUAUGGAUCUGGGGCAAAAUGGAUCAAGAGUUUGACCCAGAACCGACUGUCCACUUUCCUUGGCGGUCACUUCCAAGAUGUCAACCUGACGUCUAUCCUCUUCACUCAUCGCGUCGAUGGCUCGCACAAUGUAGAUCUCCAGGUUUGGAGCGCACCAGGUCUUACCAAGCCCUCGUUUCGGGAGGCAAUGAAACAAGAAUUCAAGCCAGCGAAGAAGGGCGAUUCAUUUGGACCAUCUUUUACUCUCAAGAUUCCUUCCUACUGGCAACAGUAUGAGCGCGUACAAUUCGAGUUUGACCCUGGCUGCGAAGCUAUGAUAUUCUCCACGGAUGGCGUUCCGCUCCAAGGAAUUACGGGAGGUUAUGGCGGAGAUCGCAGAGUAGAACAUAUCAUUCCACCUAAAGCGGUUCGUGACGGCCACUAUGCUGUGGUCAUCGAGUCUAGCUGCAACGGGAUGUUUGGUGUACCAUGGAAUGGAGACACCAUCGCUCCACCAGAUGUAAACUUACCUAGGCAUCUAAUGUGGGACUUCGACACUCUUCGCGAAAUUGUGGACACUGUCCCUGGCAACACUGCCCUUCAAAACAAGGCACUUGUCACAGCUAAUAAAAUCAUGAAUGCAUUUAAAUCUGGAGAUCCCGAGAACGUGAAACGUUUGCGCGGAAUUGCUGAGGAUGUAUUCGGAAAAGGUUGGCACGCGAAAGGCGACAAGAUAUACAACGAAGGUCCCAAAAAGGCCCAGGUUGUCGGAAUUUCCUACUGCCACAUCGAUACAGCAUGGUUGUGGCCGUAUUCAGUCACUCAGCAGAAGACCGCGCGGUCCUGGUCCACUCAGAUUGACUUGAUGGAACGCUAUCCAGAACAUAGAUUUGCCUGUUCGCAAGCCCAGCAAUUCAAAUGGCUCGAAGAGCAAUAUCCUCCGCUUUUCGAACGUAUCAAAAAGAAAGUGGCUUCUGACCAAUUCCAUCUCAUUGGUGGUUCGUGGGUUGAGAACGAUGGAAAUAUGCCUUCAGGCGAGGCCCUCGUCCGGCAAUUUCUAUACGGGCAACGCUAUUUCGAGUCACGGUUUGGCAAGCGGUGCGAGACUGCGUGGCUCCCGGACUCGUUCGGGCUCACUGCAGCGUACCCGCAGUUGAUCAGGGAUGCAGGCAUGAAGUACUUCUUCACGCAGAAGUUGAGCUGGAAUAACAUGUUGUUUGUUGAUGAUGAGGAAAGAAAUGUGUUCCCGCAUUCCACCUUCAAUUGGGUUGGCAUCGAUGGCUCGCAAGUGCUUUGCCAUAUGACGCCCGUUGAUACUUACACUGCACAAGCGACAGUUGGAGACGUCAACAAGGGGAUCACGAAUCAUAAGAAUCUUGAGUCAAACGCUACUGCCCUUCUUGUCUUUGGAAACGGAGAUGGAGGCGGUGGAGCGUUGCCUAAGAUGCUAGAGAACCUGCGGCGCAUUCGCGCGGCUACUAACGAACACAGAGAACUUCCGUCUGUUAGUAUGGGAAGCUCUGUCGAGGAGUUCUUCGAGGACAUUGAGGAAGAUUCGAAGGCGGGAAAGACGCUACCAGUUUGGAAAGGAGAAUUGUACCUUGAAUUCCAUAGGGGAACCUAUACUUCUCAUGGUUCUAUCAAGAAAGGUAAUAGGAAGGGCGAGAUACUUCUGAGAGACGUAGAGCGCGUGGCUACCCUGACUUCGCUCCUCAAGCCUGAGGGACAUUCGUAUGUGUAUCCAAAGCAGGCCAUUGAUGAGUGCUGGGAGAAAGUGUUGCUCAAUCAGUUCUUGCCUGGAUCUGCAAUCGGCAUGGUCUAUGAGGACGCAGAGAAGUUGUACGCCGAAGUUCGCGAAGUGUGCACGGGUCUUCUCGAGGAUGCAUUCAGUGUUCUUCUCCCACGAUCCUCGCCCCUUCUAUCGACCCCGGCAUCCGAAACGCUCAUCGCGUUUAAUCCCACGUCAUUCGAACGUCAUGAUGUUAUCAAGGUUCCUCUGUCCGGAGGUGCUGCUCGCUUGAAAGCGCAAGUUAUGCAAGCAUCUGCGGAUGGCAAGUACGGAUAUGCCCUGAUGCACUCGGCUGGAAACAAUGUCGCGUCACAACCUGUGGGGAUGUUUUCGGGUUGCAUGCCUGCAUCUGUGUUUACCAAUGGAACGGACCACUUUGUCCUCAGAAACGCCAACGUCCAGCUCACUAUCUUGCAAGGACGAAUCAGCAGUCUGAUCGACGUGAAACUUGGCCGUGAACUUAUUCCCAAAGGAAGUUCCGGUGGAUUGGUCAUUUUCGAAGAUCGUCCCAAUUAUUGGGAUGCCUGGGGUCCGUUCUUUCAUUAUAUGUGGAAAUUCCACCACCUCGAAACGUCUACUCCACUCUCAUUCUCUCAAGUUCGGGUUAUAGCUGAAGGGCCUCUUCGGGCCGCUGUUCAGACGCAGGUUAAGUACGGGAAGAGUACAAUCGAUGUCACGGUGCGUAUCUAUUCUCGCUCUUUCUUCAAUUUCGACGCCGUAGUUGACUGGCAUGAGAGACACAAGUUCCUCAAAUUCGAAUUACCGCUGGACAUCAACAACACUUAUGCGACUUACGAGUCCCAAUUUGGUUUCGUUCAGCGGCCGACGCACAAGAACACAACAGUCUGUGGGCAUAAGUUCGCGGAUCUCAGCGAGUAUGGAUAUGGUGUUGCGUUCCUCUCGGAAUCCAAAUAUGGUUUUGCAUGCGAAGGCAACGUCCUUCGUAUCUCCCUGCUCAGAGCUGCCACGGCUCCUGACGCAGAGCAAGACCAAGGCAGGCACGAGUUCUCGUGGGCAGUCAUGCCUCACAUAGGCUCUUUCCUUGAAUCCGACGUUCCGAUGGCUGCCUUUAUUUAUAAUUCGCCCUUACACGGUCAGGAUAAUCCCCUGAUAUGUGCACCGAACAUAUUCUUGGAGACUAUCAAGAGAGGAGAAGACGAUUUCGAACCGAAGGCUUCCAGCACAACUGUCAUCUUGCGCAUGUACGAAGCGUUCGGUGGACAUGGUUCUGUCAAGUUACAUGUUGGUCAACAUGUGCCUGUGAAGCGCGCGUAUGUCACGAACAUUCUGGAGGACACUAAAGGGGAACUUGGCCUGAUGUGCACGGCGAAUGGUAGCACAAUUAAGCUCGAAUUCCGAGGUUUCGAAGUGAAGACUGUGAAGUUAGUUCUGGAAACCAAGAAGUCUGACAUUCCAAACAUCGCGCUUACAUCUGCGAAGAGAGAUAGCUGGGUCACUGUUGACGAGGAACUGUGA